GACUGGUCACACUGCCCCCGAUCAGCUGUGCACAUUACACAAGCAGCGGCUUUUAUCCGAGUUUAAUUUUGCUUUCGGCAGCCUUAUUUGAAUUAAAACAGCACCAUGCCUUUCAUGAAGGGACGUGAGCCGAUUCGUCGCACCUUGAAGUAUCUGAAUGCGGGGAAAUUGGUGCUCAAGGACAAAGUGCGCAUUUUCAGCGUCAACUACAACACAUACGGCGAUCAUCACGCGGGCGCGAGAGACUUUGUGUUCUGGAACAUUCCGCAGAUCCAAUUUAAGAAUCCCGAAGUGCAGGUGCUCACUUUGAAGAACAUGACGCCAUCGCCUUUCGUUCGCUGCUACUUUGAUGACGGCAGGGACAUGCUCAUCGAUGUGGACAGCAGGAAUCGCGACGAGAUCAUCGAACACCUCGUUCAGGUGGUGGGAAAGACCAGAGAGCAACUGGAUGCGGAGGCACGUCUGAAGGAGAGCAAGGACAACCCGGCCAACUUCGGCUACGGAUGCGACAGGCACUGCAUCUGCGAGAUUCCCGGCCAGGUGCCGUGUCCCGGAACCGUUCCGCUGCCCGAUCACAUGCGCGGCAAGGUCAAGUUCGCACCCAAGUAGAAGUCCGUUCGCCUUAAUGUUCCUUUCUUUAAUAAAUUAAUUGUAAAUUUA